AUGGAUUCUCCGUUAAAUGUGGGUGACACCACCACUAAUUCAAUCCAGCAUAUAUUGAGUGAUACACAUCUAAAUACAUCAUGUUCUGCCACGGUCAAUUCGGCCAUUUACUCGGAUGAAAAAGUUAUACAAUUGAACUUAAUUAUUCAGGGAAACGAGAAAGAAGACGGUAAAUCGAAGCAUGAAGAGCCUAUAGUGGUGUUGAGACGUGUACAGGACUCGUACAUUAAUAUUUCCCAACUUUUUUCAAUACUUUUGAAGAUCGGACACUUCAGCGAAGCACAAUUGACGAAUUUCUUGAACAACGAGAUUAUCACCAACACGGAGUAUUUGUCUAGCGGCGGGUCUAAUCCACAAUUUAAUGACUUGCGGGACCAUGAAGUUCAGAAUUUACGAGGGUUGUGGAUUCCCUACGAUAGGGCGGUGUCAUUGGCCUUGAAGUUCGAUAUUUAUGAAUUGGCUAAAAAUUUAUUUUUGAUCGAUGUUCAUGAUUAUGACAAUUUGCCCAAAUUGGCCACGACGAACAAGAGGUCGUUGUACGAGGGGUCAGCUGAUGGUGAAAAAGAUGCUGGCUUAACGGGCUCUCCAAGUAAGAAACAAAAGAUUCAAACCGAUAAACUGACUGGGGAUCAGGCAGAUAUCCAGAGUGUUCUUAAAAAGACAAUCCACGAGAACAAGAACUUCCCUCGCACUUUGCUACCUUUAACAUCUGAUGAAGAAUAUUCUGAGUUGGAGUCUGAAAUUAAACUGAAAUUUAGCGAAAUUUUCAAGAAGGAUAGUACAUCCGAAUUAUCGUAUACUGAUAUUAAAUCCGCCUUUCAGAAUAUCUUACAAAAUAAACAAGAAAAAUUGCGUUUAUUGACAGACAUAUCGUUGGAUCAGCUGGGUAAAACUGCAUUACAUUUCGCUUCUACAUUAGCAUCACUGGACUUAGUUUCAGCAUUCAUAAAAUUGGGAUUAUGUUCACCUAUUAGGGGUACUACAUCCGGAAAGUCUCCAUUGAUAUCUGCCAUUUUGGUUACUAACUCGAUGGAAAGAGGUAAUUUUACAGAAUUAUUGAAUGCUUUGUGGCCCAAUUUAUGGUUAUAUGAUAAUAAAAACUGGUCAUUUCUACAUUACUUAGCUUUUCAAGCUAAUAAGAACUUGGAAUCAAGCAAAUUUUACUUGAGCAAAAUCUUGGAAUGGAUAAUUUCUUAUUCUGGGAAGAAGCAAGAAUUUUUAACCACCCUUUCGAGAGAAUUAAUUAAUUUACAAGAUGAGGAAAGUGGUAACACCUGCUUACAUUUAGCCGCUGAGAGUGAUUCAAGAUGGUUCAUUAAUAUAUUUCUAGAAUUAAAUGCCGAUAUUAAUCUUGUUAACAAGACAGGCGUUAAGCCUGCUGACUUCGAUAUCGUUAAAGAUAUCUUAAUUGAAAGAAAAAAUGGCACAGUUUCUAAGAACGGUACCGAACACGACAAUUAUAUACUAGAACUAGUUCGUACAAGUAUGGAGUUCCUUAGUAAAAGGAUAGAAUUGGGCGUAAACCCAGAAUCUGAGGAGGAAGACUCGAUCAAGGAGGAAGUUGGCAAUCCUAAGAAAUUGGCUGGAGGGAAUUCUUCAUCAAACAAGAUCUUCCAAAGUAUACAAGAUUUAUUAUCAAAUACAAAUCACGAGUACGAUAAUAUAAUUAAGACUAAAAAGAUACAGAUUGACAAUUUAAAUCAAUCGUUGCAUGAUGCAACGAUUGUAACAGCGAACAACAGAUUUGUGACUAAUAAAAUAUCAGACAAAUUAGCAUAUCUAGACAAUUUGAAAUUACAAAUGGCUAAUAUUUCUGAUAAGUUGCAGUUGGCUCAAAAGGAAAUUCCAGCGGAUUUGAAAGUAGAGAAUGAAAAUGAAAAUACAAAAUUUGAUUCUGACGAACCAUUUGUCAUUAAGCCAAUAUAUGAAAAGUUAGUACAAGGAGAAAAUGCUGACGAAAUUAAACCUACUGAUGAAAUAUUGAGUCAGUUACCGCCCUUACCUAUAUUAAAGGCUAGAAUUAAAGCAUAUCAAGAAAUUAAUAAUAAGAUAGAAAGUGAGUUAACCAAUUUAUUAGACUACAGUGAGUUGACCUCCAAGUUCAAGAAAGUGGUUAGUUUCUGUACGGGAGUCGAUAUUAAUGAAGUUGAUGAGUUAUUGGACGGUUUGCUAGAAGCUGUCGAGGGCCAGCAGUAA